ACGGCAUCGAAAGAGAAAUUCAUCGCGCACCUAUUGCGAGCGACACACGGCCUCGAUUUCUCUAAGUGAGGUUCCAAAAGUUCCACGGCUCCUGCUCCCAGUGAUUCUAAGCCUGCUCGCAGGAUGUGCACGAUCCGACCCUUCACCUGCGCGGACCUACUCUCAUAUAACAACGUCAACUUGGAUGUUCUGACAGAGACCUACGGGGUUUCUUUCUAUCUCACAUACCUUGCGAAAUGGCCUGAAUAUUCCCAGCUGCUGGAGAGCGUGAACGGCGACAUCAUGGGUUACAUCAUGGGGAAGGCUGAAGGUUUCAGCCGCAAUUGGCAUGGACAUGUUACUGCUCUCAGUGUCGCUCCGGAGUAUCGUCGGCUAGGCGUGGCGAACAGACUCAUGGAAAAUUUGGAGAAUAUAUCGGAGGAGAAGGGUUGCUAUUUCGUGGAUCUUUUCGUGCGUCUUUCAAACUCGAUCGCCAUCGACAUGUACGAGCGCCUAGGAUACACUGUCUACCGACGCGUGCUCGACUAUUAUUCGAGAUUGAAUUCGAAUUUAGACGAGGACGCAUACGACAUGCGGAAAGCCCUUAGCCGCGAUGUAGACAAGAUUUCCAUCAUCCCCUUGGGCAGAGCAGUAAGAUCGGAUGAACUGGAUAAUUCGUGAAGGAGCGAU